UGUAACCAUAGGAACAAAAUGGGUUGUAAACAAAAUUGCAGAUAAAUAGUACUUUUUAAGAUGAAGUUCGUAAAUUUACAUAACAAAAGUAUUUCAAUUGAAUAUAAAGAUUCAAUUUUUUCAAUUUCUUCUUAUGUGGUUUUAUUUCUUUUAAUAACUUCUGUCCUAUUACCUCUUUGUUUAAUGUUUAUUUUAAACUCAAAUUCCGCAGUUCUACCGGCAGUUCGUAGUUUUUAUGAGCAACCAAGGAUGGAGUUUCAAUUCAAUUACUUAAUCUACGCAAGUGAUGAAAUGAACUACGAUUCAAUAACAACUUGCAGUUCAUUUUCGUACUUCAACAAGUUAGCAGAAAAUUUUCAAAAAUGUCCAAUAAUAAAACACUGGACUUAUGACACUAACUACGAUGGCAAGAUAGAUUUUUCGUAUAUCGAAUUAUUGUUUAAUAACACGUUAAAGUUUACGAAUAAAUUGAAAUUUUACUUGGUAUUUUUCUACAAUGCUAGGCUAGAGCUUAAAUGUUUAUUGGAACCGCCUGCAAUUUUAAUUCAUGAAUUAGAAAUUCCAGAAAAAAAUUUUGACUAUAACGAUAUUGAAAUAGUAGGGAGAUUGGAUUUAAUUCAAAAUAUUCAAUUUUAUUGCCCGUUUUAUGAAGCACGUGAUAAAACAAAUUUUGAAAAUAACAUAAUUAGAGACAAUGCUAAACAAGCUCAAGCGUAUAACAUAAACCGCAUCAAAAAAUUAAUCAUGCAAAAUCCGGCCUACUUUGAAUUUAAAAGUAUAAAGUCUUAUAGGGAAGCAUCAUUUUUAAACAUGAAAUUAAAAAUAAAAAUUACAAUGAGUAUUAAUGAGGUAGUUACAAAAUACUAUUUAAGUUUAUUGGAAGCGUUAGGACUGUUAUGUAUUUAUUUAGCGAGUUUCUUUGCAGUAUCUUUUUAUAUUUACAACAAAAUUAAGGAUUUCUUGUUUAGUCGUCGUUAUUUGAAUUCCUGGGAAGUAGUACCAUGGGAAAAAUUUAAAUAAAGUAACAUUUUCAUGUAAUAUUGCAGAAAAGCUUUCUUAAAAAAAUAGGGAAGUUUUAAAGCUAACUUGUUAAUAAUAUUUUAAGCAAAAAGUUUUAAUAUUGAUAAUACUAAUUGCAAAUAUAUACAUACAUACAUACAUAUCUCAAAUUUGUCUUCUAAAUAUUUAUGCAAAUUCUUUUCGUAAAUUAUUAGCGAUUCCUUAAUUUUUCGUAACAUUUAUAUAAAAUAUACUUAGACAUAUUUUAACAUACACAUACAUAUACAUACUUGCAUUUUUUACACAUGAAUUUUGAAAACAAAUUAUAAAAACUACAUUGAUUAAUUGGAUAUAAUUAAACGUUUUGAUUAUGUACUUGUCUAAUUACCGUUAAAUUAGGUAAGGUGAAAACUAAAAGCACCAGGACUUGUAAAAUAAAAUCAGCAUUCAUAUUAAACGUUACCUUAACAUAAAUGACUCCAUACCGUUUCAAAUAUAUCAUUAAGUACAAUCGGCGUCCUUAAAUUUUAAAAAAAUUGCCGGCCUCCACAAUCUCCAAUCCAUUUGGUUAUAUAAAUUUAUUGUCAAAUGACAGUUGCAAUUAGACUUUCCGUGACUUGUACUACCGUCUCAGAGCUUUCAAUAACUUCACAUUAUAAAGAAAAUUGCUUAACACAUUUUGAAAUACAAUUUUUACAAUAUUAGUACAUACUUAAACAUAGCAGCAGAAGUACCCCAAGGAAGCGUGCUUGGGGCUACACUGUACCUUAUUUAUACAAGGGAUAUCCCUGAAGAUAGCAGUGUAUUAACGGCAACAUUUGCUGACGACACCGCCCUCCUUUUCAGAAACUCAGAUCCAAAUAUUGCAGCCUGUAUUCUACAAAAAUCAAUAAAUAAAAUUGAAAAUUGGGCGAGGAAGUGGCGGAUAAAGCUGAAUGAGGCUAAAUCUACACUUGUUAAUUUCACGAAUAGAAAAGUAAUUCAAUUACCUAUUCGGGUGAAUGAUGCAAUAGUACCUUACUCAAAUAAUGCCAAAUACUUGGGUAUGACUCUGGACGCCAAAUUGAGGUGGAAGGAACAUAUAAAAAUUAAAAAAGAUGAACUUAACAUAAAGUACAGAAAAUUGCAUUGGCUUUUAGGUUUGGCUAUACGGCAUACAACUUUGGGGGUGUGCAAAAAAGACUAACACUAAUAUUAUACAAAGAUUCCAGAACAAGGUGCUUCGAAACAUUGUCAAUGCACCUUGGUAUGUGAGAAAUUAUGAUAUACAUAAAAAUUUAAGAAUUGAAUUGGUCGAAGACGAAAUAACCAAAUCGGCAAUCAAACAUAAAAAUAGGAUCUCCUCCCACAACAACAUGGAAAUCCAGAGAUUAAUUAACAAUAGUAGCAGUGACUUACGACGCUUGAAAAGGACGAAGCCCCUGGAUCUGGCUGAUCAAAACUUAGAUUAAGAGGAUUCAAGGAAUCAGAGAUUAAUAAAUCCUUAGUCAAUUUGUAACA